AUGCCACGUAAGCUACGUAAGAAUAUACGUAAGAGGAAGGGAGCAUUGAAACAUCCAAUAGUAAAACUGACACCACAACAACAGUUGCAACAACAAAUGAUGAAUGACCCCACUAUGUUGCAACAAAUGUCAAGCAACCCUAUGCUUUUAAACCGAGUUAUUGGUGCACAGAGUGGAGGUUUAAGAGCGGCACUUUUAGCGAAAAUGGCAGGCUAUGGUGGAGCUGCAGACGGAACAGCUUAUAACCCUCAAAGUCAAAUGAAUUUGAGUUCACUCAAAAAUCAAAUAGCAGAUGUCAAAAAGUCAAACAUAGACAUACAGAAGCAAAUAGGUGAAAACGAAAAGAAACUAGAAUAUGACAGACACACAAAGAAACUCAAUGAGUUAAACGUAGAGAAAAAGAAGAAAGAAGAACAACUGAAAGAACUAAGUACAGAGGAAUAUGCGAAAAAAGUGUCAGAAAAAGCAGCAGAAGUAGCAAAAAUGGAACAAGAUGUUAUAAAUUUGAAAAACCAUACUACUCAAUAUAAAGUACUGAAAGAUGAAGAGAUAAAACAAAAAGCCCUGAAGACAUA